AUGCAGCACUUUGUGGAUUCUGAGGAAGAGAUGUCUGAUUCUGCUUUUUCUGAGGAGGAGGAAUCCGAUAGUGACUCUUCAUCUGAUACAGAGGACAAUUUUGAUGACUCGGAGUAUGAAAGCGGGAAGAAGAGGAAAUACAGAAAAACAAGACCCUCUUCAUCCAAGGGCAAAAAGCCUCAAAGCAAACCCCUGAUUAGCAUCUCUUCGGAAGGGGAGGAUUCAGAUGAUUUUGAGAAGGAGAACCCUAAAGGGCUGCUGAAGAAGAAAACACAAAUACAUACCCAAACCCGAAAAAAGCACAAGAAAAAAGAGGAGACUGGCGAGGAACCAGAAGUUGACAAGCAAGCAAGGACCCUGGAAGUUGAGCAUAGCCUGGAAAAGGAGACUAUGGAAGAGACUCUCAGGGCUGCCGACACAAUUUCUGCCCUCCACAUCCCCAAAGAAGAACAGGUUACUCCUGGAAAAGCUGCUCCCUCAUUUGGCCCUCCUCCCGAGGAAUUCAAGGAUGACCUCAAGCUCUAUGUAUACCCUAAUUUGAACUAUAUUGGAAUUGAGUUAUGGCAGGUCAAAUCAGGAACCUUUUUUGAUAAUAUUUUAGUGUCUGAUGACCUUGAAUAUGCAAAGAAGUUAGCAGAGGAGAUACGGGGCAAAAAAAAAGAUUCGCAGGAAACGGGUUCACAUAGGUAUUACACACGCAUCAGAGCUUUACGUGAAGGAGAACAGAGUUUUAACAGGCAGUUAGAUACCAUGGGUGAAAGGCAUACAGGCAGUCCAACCAGAGGUCACAAAGCUGAGGAUGAGGAGACAAGGGAAUUCUUUAGGACUAUGGCCACUGGGCAGCAGCAGGUUGCUUAG